AUGUCGAGUGAGUCCUUUUGGGAGUCGUCUCUGGCCAUGGUAAAUGGAAAAAAGGUUCGGAAUGCAGGAAAAAGCGGGGUCACCAGUUUUGUAGAGGAAAUGUGGACUUAGAAACUACAAACAAUAAUAUAUGCAGGAAAAAACUAACCCCGAAUGGGGGAAUUGUGUUUACCAACAAAAAAAGAAUGUACAGACUGAAAGAACCAGAAAAGGAAUGUUCCAGACUCACGUAAGGUAGAAUCCUAUCAAGUAGGGAGAUAGUGUUCCGACGAAGAAAUGGUUGAAGGGAGGCUCUAGGUUCCGCGAUAGUCCGUUGAAGUCAGCUUCGAGGAGGAAGUCUCCGGCAGCACGAACGAGUUGCUAAGAGAAUUGAGAGGUGACAAGCGCACGCCAAGAAAUAACGAUGUCAAACACACUCGAGACCAGAACACAUGAUGACCGCCGUAGCGUUGUUGUUGUGUAUUUUUCGUUUAGUCAAACAAAUGUACAGGCAGGUCAGGUGUACAAGAAAAUGUAGUGAAACAAAUCCAAAGUGUACAAAGGCCUACAAAAGAUAAGAGAAUGUGUCACUUAACAGAGAAUAACCUACUGAUUGCUGCUCAGCAUGGAUUCCUCAAAUCUCGAUCUUGUGACACCUGCCAACUCUCUUUCCUGUCAAACUCUAGCUCGAACCCCCAAUUUAACCAGAAUCUCAACCCUCACAAUAACUUUGACGUCAACCGGUUUGAAAUUACGUCACUUAAAUGAGACGAGUAAAUUCUGAGAAUACUUGCGGAAAAUAACUAACCAAUCACGGACCAAGUACUGGUGGCCAAUAGGGAACGCGAAGGCACCGGCGACCCUACAAGGUUUCUUCCGUGACUAUCCCAGACUGUUCAUCGCAGAAAGCUCGCAGUUUGCGUCUGGUGCCGUUCAGCCGGCUGUAAUCUAUCUCUUCAUCUGUCAAGCUUAGUAUAAUUGGAGUAAGUUCCGUGUCUAGCUAUAGUAGAAAAUAAUACGAUGCCAUUUAAACAGGCCCAUUCAUAAUUCCAGCGGGUACUUUUUUGAUUGCUUGCCCUUAUUGCACUAGCACACAGUUAACAUCAUCCUGUUAACUAGCAAACUACCGGUUAAGAACUCAUAUUUAGUGCUAGUGACAUGUUGGCAGAGCUAAUCGGACUGGCUGGAAGCACUAGAGAUCAUGAGACCAAGCCCCACAAGCUUGUUCAUUGGCCAUGGGCAGUCGAUACCUACGUCCCUAAGACUGUAAGCCACUACUCUGGUCAGGCCCGGCAGUAAAACCGUGGGAUAUCUCUUCAGCCUGCCUACACAUCGCUCCCUCUCUCACGCGCGUUGUCGACGCGUGCGUACAUGCACUGCUGCAUCAGUGAGUCGAGGACGUUUACAUGUCAAGCUCUAGCACCAAGGCGGUGGCACAAAUUUGGCGUAAUGCUGAUACCUGGAAGGCAUCAUUCGAUUGUAGUUUUUCCUCCUACAUAUUAGCACUUGACUGACAUCCCCGUACCAGGUGCGUGUCCACACGAAGCACGCCCUCAGUAACCACGCCAAACGUACGUCGGUCACAAUUUCCAGCUUUAACCUUUAGCUAUAUCUUACCACCCGCCGCCAGAGUAAAUGGCUUUACCUACAACGACAAAGUAAGUGCGUGAAGUAUAAAGCCAGAAAUACUUUAACCGAGAAUGAGCUGCCAAGGGUGCACUUAUUGUAUGUAGAAAAAAUUGAGCUGCGGUCCAGUCGCUUUCUUCGCCGGUCAUCAACGAAGUUAUUGCUCAGCAUGAGGGCAGCGCGCAAUGCAUUAAUAAAUGUGGCUCCAUGUCUGGCCCUUGCCUCUGCUCAACCUGUGGAAUGCCUCUGACUAAAUCGCCCGGGAACUACUACCAUGAGAGCUCGAAUUUGUAAUGAUGCUUUCAAAAUAAAGUGUACUCCUAACCCUCCCUCCCGCUCACUGCCUCGCCUCCCUCACACACUUUGACCGCCUUUGAUGUCGUGGCUUCUUCAACCUCAAGGCCUACAACCAUCCGUCCAACAACCCUCCCGAGACGCAUCCCGCUAAUAGCAUAUGAGGAGUGACAAAAAUCCCUGUUUGUAAAAAAAAUACGCAUGUACUUCGACAUGAGCGUCCGGCCUAAACUUUCACCUAAAACCUCCUCGACGACUGUGAGAAUACGAGCGGGGACGAUCGCAUCCAUGCCUUUUAAGUAAUUAGGCCGAAGUUUGGUAUCAACUGGAAGCCGAACUAAAACACCUCUCCAAACUCGCAUUUUACAGCCCUGUGAUGGUAAUGCUAACUGGAGGGUAUGGCUGUUGUCUUUCGGUUGUAGCCUGCAGUAAAUGCUAAGUAGAUAGACUUCGCGUCGUCUUUACCCACACCUGGGCGUACCACCGUACCCCCUGGUCCACUACAUACAACUGACCAGGAUUUUACAUAAGAAAAAAGGGGUAGUGGUGGCUUGGAUACCAGAUGAAUGGGAGUGUCGUAAAGGCCACAUUAAGGAGCCGUCACAGUCUGACUUUUCGUCAUCCGAACAGGACUGAAUUAUCCCGACAGUUGAGAGCCUUCCAAGCGACGCCCAUUUACGAUCCGUGAUAGUCUCACUCAGGUCAGAUUGUUUAUUGUGGAGAAAUACGCGCCGAGAGUCAACCUCGCUCCCUCUGCCCUAUCUCGUGCAUCAGUCGACUGUCCGAGCUAGUCAACCAACCGAUGCUGAGACUAGGGGAGGUGACUGACAGCAAAGCUUAGCUUGUCUGCGCGUGCCGCACACGCGGCCUGACUCCCCAGACACACACCUAUAUUUCGCUCAGGAGGUAGACUCCUCAGAACUCACGUGUGACAAGGGAGCCACAUGCCGAAGGAACAUGACACACAUCUUACUUAUCAGAGAGGUGCCUGAUUUGCGUCUGCGGUGUAUGAUUUGGGAGGUUCUAAUGUGAGUGCCUGUGUUGAUGGGGAAAUGUUUGGUCAUUUGGUUUAGUCUGCGGUACUUUACCACAGAUUUUAAUGGAGGCACAUGUGACCGAAUAGGCCUAGACGGUAGCCAAGUGUGUGAGGGCAAUGCGGGCAGUUAAGGCGAUGGUGGUGGGUGUGUGUUAGUGCUUUAGGCAGUGGCCCCCAUUCCUUGUGUGAUCGAUUCGCAAGUGCCCCACCAGGCCGGUGCGAGACACUAUGGGCAGGACAGGUUGGGAAAUGCUUAGUCGGUUGGGGUUGUCACGGUGCUAGUGGUGAGUAUUUGGUAGCGCUGGGGAUUGGAGAGUUGUUUGGUGCUCAAGGUACGUAUGGCGUGUCGAUAUUUCGGUGAACUUCACUGUCGUGGAUAGGCGUGUGAUCCAAUAGGUCAACGCGGUGAUUUAAUGCUCGUGGACAGCGGGGAAAGUGAAGGCGGAUGAGGCGAAUGUAUGUGGGGCCCUGGCAUUAGGGCGCCGGUCUCAGAACGAUAGGUUCGCAAGCGACCGACGAUGCCGAUGUGUGGGGUGAAUGUGCGGUCGCAACGAGGAUGGAUGGGGACCGAGUCCACAUUCCUUGUGGUGAGGGCAGUAGUGGAUAUGACGUCGGGAAUGUUCGCAUCGGAGGCGGGAGUGGGAGAGCUGGUAGACUUCGCGGAGUUUUGGGAGGUAUGAUGGAGGUGGCGGUGAUCGACGACAACGGGUCAUCGUGAGUGUGACCGUCGGUGGUGAGGGACCUCGUGGUUGUAGACGACGUCGCGGUUAGUGCAGGGUUCAUGAUGGGGGCGGUUGUGGAGGUAGCAGUUGGGGGUUGUAGGAUUAUUGCACUGGAUUCUGAGAUAUCUGACGAGGCCAAUCCGCGCUCGGGAAGUUCGUUGACAACGUGGUAUGUCGGAAGAGUUCGGGUAUUAGUGUUGUGGAUAGAGACUUGCAGGCUGUUCUUUUGACAUUGGCAGAGGCCAUCCGGUUUGUUUUAUAGGUUGUUGCUCAUUUCUCGCUGCCCUUCUCCAUGCCGAUCGGUUAUGGACGGGGCAUUCCCAGUUUCUGUGGUUGAUUUGUAAACGCUUCAGAGGAUUCUCCAGGGUGUCCUUGUAUCGGCGUAUUCGAUUUUCUUGUUUGAGAGCACCCGUAGCGACACCCCAGUAAAAGAUUUGUUUGGGCAGUCGCCAAUCCGUACGAGGUGACCUAUCCAUCGCAGUUGCAAUUACCUCAGCAUGGCGUGGAUGUUGAGGAUUCCGGUCGUUCCGAAACGUCCGUGUCCGGCAUUCUUUCCUGCUAUCUCCGUUUUAGUAUCCACCGGGGACGCCUUAGGUGGAAGUGACCAUGUUUCCGAACUUGUUCCCUGAAGACUGUCCAAGUCUCCGGUCCGUACAGCAGCGUCGACAAGAUAACAGCCGUAUACAUCUUAAGUUUGCUGUUGAAAAAGAGACCGUGUAAAUCCCACGGCGCUUUGCAGCCGGCUGAAUCUCUGGCUGUAUGUGGAGGUCCAGUGUGUCCUUUCGUCGUCCACUUUGGUGCAGAAUGCGAAUUUGUUGCCCAGAUGGGCGAACUUUUAUUCACAGUCUCAGUUGAGUGUCGUUAGUGAUUCCUAUGGCGUUUUUUCAUUGUCGUGUGACGGCUAGGGAAUGAGCACAGUUUUGUCCGUGUUGGUUGUCAUCCCGAUGUUGACGCAGCCGAAGACGGGGUCAUUACUCCGUUGCAUGUUGAAUUCUGCGGUGAUAUUGCAUGCGCGAUCGACCGCGAAAAGCAUAUCAUGGGCACUAGUUGUGGAGGGACGAGUUGGGGCCAUCAUGCACCGGCUGCCAAUGAGAUUGUAGUCGGCCCUUAUACGACGCGGAUCCCUGGAUGUCCAUCAGCAUGCUAGAGAACGUGGGGCUGGAGGGGGUCGGAUCGAAGACGCGGCCCUGCUUCACUUUAUUGAUCACCGCGAAUGCCUCUAGGACGAACGCGUUGUCCGUGACACGCACCAAGCGCGUGAUUCACUCAGAACAGCCGAUUUCCUGCAUGAUUUUUCCGAAACCAUCGCGAUUCACCGUGUCAAGGGCUUUCGUCAGGUCCCCGAAGGUAAUCCAUAGAUGCGUACAUAUCUCCCAGAUUUUGUAACUGGCGAGUGGCAAUGAUCAUUUCGGUUGCUCCGUGAUGUCGGAAGUCACAUUCAAGAUGAAAGGUACACGUUAACGCAUCUGCAAAGGACAUGACCGUCAACCGAUCGAUCAGUGAUCCCCCACCAAUCUCGCAUCCAGUCUAGUUUUCCGAAACGAUGUGACGGGCCGGGGGUGGCACGGUCCUUGGCAAAGUGGGAUCCGUCGCGCACCCACCACUAGCAUUGACCUGUACCUGUGUUGUCUGUACGGUAGAUAAUUACACAAUCCUAUACUACUGGCUGCCUGUUGGCGGUUUGUAAAUAUUAUGUGAUUAUUCCGCAGUAGCUGACGGAUUUCAGCUCAAAUAUUUAUAUUAAACUUCGAACCAUGCCGGAAUAUUGUGUUCUCUAUUCUUAGUGUAACUCCUUCAACAAUUGUCUCUGAACGCAAAUAUUAUCUGAGAUUGCAUAACCUACAGUUUUGGGGGUGUUAGUUCCUACCUCAGUCAAUGAUUUCGGUCAUUCGUGCUUUCCAGUCGGUUUUGUUCUGUGAGUCUGAACUGUUUCUUCGCUUUUGUACGUUUGUUUAAACAGCUCCAAUGACCUCUGACGCAACUUUCUACACCUGUUGUUUCUGCAAUGAGAAAUUCGUAGAAAAUGAAAAGUUUUGGGCCCACAUGUCCGCCGGAAACUGUGAAACGAAAGCGGAGCUACCACCGCCUCCACCACUGACCGUCCAGGUCAAUAACUCGCAUUUGAAUGAGGGCAAAGGUGCGACAUCCCACGCCUUCACCCGGCCGACGCCGCAGCCCUUCACGCCGUCACCCUCCAUUUCCUCCGCCGUCACCACUACCACCACCGUCAUCGCGACUAGCGGUGUUGUUGAUUGUAGUGACUCAACAGCCGCUUAUGACUUUACUCAGAUGACCACCGCCGUGCCCUACUUUAGUCGCUAUAGUGCGCAGCAGCAGCCACCACGCCAGGAAGUGCCUUUGCCUUGCAAGCAGAAUGCUGAGAAUGUGCCGCCACCAUUACCCAAAAUUAAUUCCCAACCUGCAAUCACGAGCCCUACCAGUGCACCGAAGAUCAGCACUUCUUAUGAUAAAUGGAAGUGCACUCUGUGCAAUGUAAGCUUCUCUGAUAAGACCCAGCUCAUGCUCCACCUCAACAGCCCCGAGCAUGAAUCCCGACUCCCUGCCAACCCGAUAGCCAGCAAAGCCUUCCCACGGCCCUCCUCCACUACGAAUGGUGCUAUAGCUGCUCAACCACCACCAGUUGCUCCAACUCUGCCUUGUCCGAGCAAUUCUCAGUCAGCUUUUGCAGCAAAUGUCAACGGUCAAGCGCCGUUUCUGUCGCAAGGCCAACAGUCACAGUCUCCCCCUCUUCCAAAUCAGGAAGCGUUGGCUCAGAUGAUUAGAAAGAUCUUUAUGGAGGAGAUAAGGCCUUUGGUUCGAGAAGAAAUACGUUGUCUGUUGCGGCCUCUCUUCCAGGAUCAAUCUAGCAGUGCUACUGCCAGCCCUGUGGAAAGAGUCGACUCGAAUAACAACGGGGCAGCUGCCGUAGCAGCUUCUUCCGGUGUUCUGGAGCCUCGUGGCGUCGGUUACUUCUGUCAUGCCUGCAAUUGUCCUGUGCCCUCGCAGGUCAACUUGCAAAUGCACUGCUCGGGCAAGAGGCACAAGGCAGCUCUUGAGAAGAUGUCCUUCUAG